AUGCCUUUCAUCCUGUUAUUCAACGGGCUGUCGACUCCGACCAACCGCACGUUCCUAGACUCUCUCCUCUCGGACGUCAACGUGUGGAUCAAAGCCAUCCAAGUGGUGACCAAGGUCACGAGCGACGUUUCAUCUGGCACGGCAUCGCAAGAGGUCAACUUCUAG